CGUCUCCGCCUCACUUGGUCCGAGAAAGUGGGCAUCCUCGACAAUGCAGCUCGCACACCUGUUAUCUCCUACAGGGACCUGGCUGAGCAUGCUGUGACGGAGUUCAGCCCCCCGGCCGUCCCCGGUAAGACAACGAUAUGCAGCAUAAUCAAGUCAAGUGCAGUCCUGUUGGGGCGGCCGCUGGAGAAGGCUGCCCGCAAGAAUGCCCAGCCCAUUACUCACACCCUGCUCGGCCAGAACGUC